AUGCCCGACAUCCUCGACCGGAUCCGGAGUGAAGUGUCCGAUAAAGAACUUGCCCUAUGGACAGCCCUCACAUGUGCCGAUCCAGCCUCUGAGUUAAUCAAACUAAGCAACCCAGAAGCCAACUUCCUGUUCCCGAAAAAAGAAGUUCUUACUCUGGAGGAUCAUGACAAAUUCAGAAAGGCUUUGAGGGCUCCAUUCCACCGAUUCGACAGUUAUCGCCUCGAUGAGGUCCGUAUUUUCAUCAUCGACCUGAUGGCAGCGACAGUGACCUGUAAGGUCUACGCGGAGAGGGAUAACAAAAAGUACCGGGCAACGUCGCAUACCACAUGGAGCCAGGCUUCUGAUGGGGAGUGGAGAAUUGUGACCCAUCAGGAAUGCAAGGUAUAG